CCAUGAUAUCCAUGAUAUCCAGCAUAUGGUACAUGAUAUCCAUGAUAUCCAGCAUAUGGUACACGCAUAUCCAUGAUAUCCAGCAUAUCCAGCAUAUCCUUGAGGAGAAGGGCUGGGGGAGGUUUAUAAAGAGAGUAAGUAUCCUGUCCCCACUCCACUUUGGCUGCCUUUUGACCUUUCCCUCUUUCUACUACCCUUUCCCCCUCUAUUUUAUCGAUCCAGCCGUGCAUUUGUCGCGGUUAAUCACACUAUGCACUGAACUGUUUCGGCAAUUCUCCACUUCUUCGCUUCUGGCAAACCUCGUAACGCCGAGAAAAAGGGUUUGCAUCGGUUCGGACUGGGCUCGCCGGGGAUUUGAGGGCGAAGAGAAGGAAGUGGGAACGGCAAAGAGAGUGGCUGGUUUCUGAGUCAGAAAAGUUUAUUGGCGACGGCGGACGACGAAGGGAGACGGACGGGGUUGAUCCUCUUUAUAUGAACGCGCCCCAACGGACGACACACGACGACGCGACGACGACGACACGACGACGACACGACGACGACGACACGACGACGCGACGACGACGACGACGCGACGACGCGACGACGACGACAACGCGACGACAACGUGACGACAACGACGAAUUAACUUGCCUCGGCCCUUAUCUUCUACUUGCUUCGGGGUCGUUUCUCAAUACAUAUACCUUGGACGAGCAUACGAUAGAUUUCAAUUGAUUCGAUUCUCAUUCAUCGCGAAAGGAAACCAGAUCCUUAUCUGCGCCCUGUCAACUGCAUAUACCAUCUUCAUCGAGUCAACCACAUAUUCAUGAAAAAUAAACAGCAUCGGGUCCAUCAUACAUACACGAAACAAUCAAAUUCAUACAUUGACCUAGCCUCGCAUAUCCCGACAAACAACCAGAAUCAAAUAUCUGCAUUGAGCCAUCACUAUAUUCAAGAAUACACGACAUAGUCGAACCCGACUACCCUCCAUCCAACCACCCACCAUGCCGCUCCCAUACUUCUUCCGCUCCUCCUCCCCACACUACUCUCCUUCCAUCGACACCUCCGGCGAAACCGAUACAAUCGCAGACACCAUCGCCAGCUCCUCGACUCACCUCACGGUCCCCUCGUCACGCGCCUCCGUCUCCUCCUCCAGCAGCAACUUCGACUCAUCCUGCCCAUCGCCCUACCGCAUCGACACACUGAUCUCCCAGCCCAUCCUCGAGAGGCAUUACGCACCCAUAACUACCCUCUCCAUCAACAUUGAGUCACCCCCGCUCGUCUUCUAUGGCGGCGCGUCGACAAGUACAGGUGCCCUGCUGUCAGGUCAGCUGAAGCUCGAUGUCGGAGACGAUGAGAUGGAGAUUCAAGGGUUCGCCAUGCGCCUCGGAGUCGACGUCAACAUGAAGAAACCCUUCAACGCCAGCUGCCCUGAUUGCGCAACCAAGUCCUCUGACCUUACAUCGUGGAACUUCCUCCCCGAGACCACCAUCCUCGGAAAGGGCGAACACUUCUUCCCCUUCUCCUUCCUCCUCCCAGGCCAAUACCAAGUCUGCACCCACAGCUCUCUCUCCUCCGUAACCUACACCCUCCGCGCCCUCCUCACGCCCACCAACACCGUGCCCCUCCACCUCUCACACCCCCUCUCUGUCCGCCGUGCCAUCCGUCCCCCACUCUACCCGCGCCACUACAUCCGCGACUUUCCUCCCACCAGCAUCUCCGCACACCUCGCUCUCCCGCCGCUGAUCCACCCCACUGGCUCCUUCAACGGCGCGCUGAAGCUGAGCGGUAUGAACAACAUCGUCCUCAAGCGCGUUAACUGGCGCCUCGACGAGACUCAGACCGUCUUCGCGCCAUCGUGUCGCCGACACACGCCGCGCGCGGGUUACCUAAAGGGCGUCGUGCGCUCCUCCUUCUGCACCCUCGGCUCCGCGGAGCUAACGAGCGGCUGGGCCACACCCACCUACUCCACCACAACCCUCGAUCUCACCUUCGGCAUCGCACCCAAUAACACAGCGCUGUGCGACGUCAAGACCGAAGACGGCACCGAAACCGCGCACGCCCUGGUCGUGGAGCUGCUGGUGGAAAGUAAAGCCGGCACGCGCCUGCUGCGGAUGCGCUUCUACCCCGUCGUGACGGAGCGCGAGGAGGGGGGUGUGGCGUGGGAUGAGGAGGCGCCGCCGGUGUAUGGGGAGGCGGGGAAGCCGCCGCCGGGGUAUAUGUAUGUUGCUGGCCGCGGGGAUGUGCCGAGGGAGGGCAUCAGCAUCGAUCAUGAUGAGGGAGGGCAUAGAUUGGGGUAG